AUGGCCGCCAGCGGAGCGCUGCCCCUCAAGUGCGCCGCGGGCGAGCAGCCGGAGGCGCGGUGCGUGGCCACGCCGCUGCGCAGCUCCUGCAAGCUGAGGGCGGAGGCGGCCGCGUUCGUGCCCGGCGCGCGGGCCGUCGUGGCCGCGCCCGCCCCGUGCCAGGAGGUGGCAUGGACCUCGUCCGGCCCCGCCGUGGUGUCCGUGCGCUCCAUGCAGCACAGGGGCUGCGCCGUGGUCCUGCUCCGCAACAGGGAGGUGCUCGAGAGGAGCGUGCGGCAGCAGGUCGCCGUGAUCGACGGCGUCUGCGUGGAGGUGCGGCGGCACUCGCGGAAGCCCAAGGACGGCGAGCAGCCACUUGGCGAGGGCGAGUCGCAGGGCGUCUUUAUCGCGUGGGGCAACCGCGUGGCGCGGAAGGUGGGCAUCAGCGACGAGGGCAUCGAGGCGUACUUCAACGGGCUGGUGGGGAAGCCUUGCCCAGACGGGCUCGACCCGAAGGCGCCUUUCGAGGAGAGCUUCCAGAGCUUCCCACUCUCUUCUGCGGGGCCGCUGCCCCUGAACGAGCGCCCCAGGCACCAGGAGGCGACGAAGGAGCAGCUCCUGGACGGUCCGCACGGAGCACCCGAGAAGGUGCGAGAGCUGUGGAGGGCCAAGGAGCGUCUGGACGCGCUGUGGGCGCGCCCGCCGCCGCCGAUGGGCCGGUCGGUGAUGCAGCGGGUGGCGCGGGAUCAGCUGUUCCCGCACUCCGGGGGCGCGGAGGGCAAGAACGGGGAGAACCGCGCCGGCGACAAGCUGGCCGAGCUGGCAGAGUCGACCGGGCUGCUGGAGGGCGUCCCCGCGGGCUCCGCCUUUCUGGACCUCUGCGGCGGGCCCGGGGCUUGGUCGCAGUUCCUCCUGGGCCAUCGCGGCAUGAGGCUCCGCGGCUACGGGCUCACGCUCAGAAGCGGCGCCGGCAGCGCCAGCGACUGGAAGUCCGAGGAGAAGGACGACUGGUACGAGGAGCUGUACUCGCGGCCAGACUGGCGAGCCAUCUGGUGCAAGGAUGGCACGGGAGACCUGCUGAAGCCAGGGAACGUCGAGCACGCGGCAGGCCAGCUCUGGAAGGAGGCUGGCGGCGUCUUCCUGUGCGUGGCAGACGGAGGGUUCAGUGACCACGCCAUCCCGGCGAACCAGCUGGAGCUGUACUUCUACCGCCUCCUGCUGGCAGAGCUCCUGAUGGCGAUUCGCUGCCUGCAGCCCGGGGGCCGCUUCGUCUGCAAGCUGUACAGCGCCUUCUCGCCCGCCACAGCCGCGCUCCUCUUCCUGACCACCCGAGUGUUUGACUCCGUGCGCGUUGUCAAGCCGAAGUCCUCCAGGGUUGCCGGCAUCGAGCGCUACCUCGUGGCCUCCGGCUUCCUCCCUGGCCCCGAGGCGCAGACAGUACGACAGGCGCUCGAGCGCUCGCACGCCGUGGCGGGCGGCAUCAUGGACAGGCCGCUGCUGACCCCCACGGUCGACCCGCAGGACCUGGCUGGGGACGAGGGCUUCCUGGCACAGCUGCGCGCCAUGGCGACGACCCUCUGCGAAAGGCAGACGCAGGCUAUCGACGCGAUCACGCAGAGGGCCGAGUACCUGGAGGACGUGGCCCUCGAGGCCCUGUCGCACUCCGAGCUUGCCGACAACGACCCCUGCUGGGUGGUGGAGGACCACCGCGGCGAGCGGCGGCGAGAUGGCCGCCGAGGUCCCUCUGAUGGCUCCCUCGUUGAGGUCGACCCGUGUCGGCCCGUUACGGCAGACAACCAGCUCGGGCAAGCCCGGCCAGGGCUCGUGUUGGACGCAGCCGCGUUCUUCUGGAGAGGGCGACGCGCCCGAGCACGCGGGCCACGCCUUCGACGCCUGCGCCUGCGGGCCUCCCGUCUGUGGCUCCGAGGCGGGCUUGUCGAGCUGCACGACAUGGGGCAUGCGCGCGUCGAGCUCGUCGAACUCGUCGCCGUCUUCCCGGCGCACGAGCCGUGCGACGCCGACCUCGUCCGUGGCCUCGUCCCAGUCUACGAGCGCGUCCCUGUCCCAGGAGCCGGAGCCCCGCAGCGCCCCGACGCCGUGCAGCCGCUCCAGCGGCCCGAGGACCCUCCUCGGCCGCGUCUGGGCGCAUCUCGCGGGGCCCGGGGCCCGCCAGGGGCGCCGGCGGCCCUGCUCUCGCGGCCGCUCGAGGGACGGGUGUCCACCGCUCUGCCCGUGAUCUUCGGGGGGGGCCCCUCCAUCACCCGCAUGUGGGGGUUCAUGAGCCUGGGGCAUCUCAUCAGCUCUGGGGAACGCGCAAGCACGGGCCUCUUGAGCAGCGUCCAGGCGGACUUCGUGGGCGUGUGCCCGCUUCCACCGGCGGCCAGCGUGCACUCCGCGGAGCCCUCGCCAAGGAGGCGGGCGGCGAAGGCGAGGAUGGUCGCGUCCGAGAGCUGCCCCCCGGCGCCGCUCGUCCCGCGCCCCGCGGAGCCGGCCUUCCGGCAGCCGCGCUGCGAGUGGGCCGACGAGGAGGGCGCCGAGUUGCCGCCCGGCUCGCUCGACGACGAGACCGCCGCGCCUGGCCUCCCUUCGUGGUCUUCGACGCCCUACACGUCCGAGGCGAGCUCGCCCUACACGUCCGAGACAGGCUUCGACUCUGAGAGCGACGACGACGGCGGCGCCGAGCGGCUCGACCUUGACCCGCGCACGCCAACGCGGGUGUACGCCGAGCUCGCGAGGAGGAGGUUCCUGGCCCUACAGGACCGCCGCAGGAGGGAGAAGGCCAGCAGGCGCUGCCCGGCCUCGCAGGAGCUGCAGCCUCGACGACCAGAUCCUCGAGGCCCAGAGGAGACGCCCCAGGAGUGCGUGCGCCUGCGGCGCCGGAGGAGCUUCACCUUCUGA